AUGUUCAAUCCGAUUGCUUCUGGUGGAUUGACUGGUGCUUUUUUGGCUGUGCGAUCCGGCCCUAUGGUAAUGAUGGGUUCGGCAGCAGUGGGCGCCGUAAUUGUUGGAAUGAUUGAGGUGGCAUCGUUAGCGAUGGGCAAAUUCGCGGGUAUGGUUAUGGAUCCGAAUAGUGCGCCACAGGAACUCGAGGACCCUGCAGUGCUGAGCGCGAAGCAGCCGCAGCAGAAGCAUGCCGGCAGCAGUGGUGCUAGUUCCGGUGUUUCUGCGGAUACCUCGUCUCCCAGUGCUCCUUUCUCAUUAGCUCAACCAUAUUAA